AUGCCAACAAAUGAGUCAACAACAAGUGCGUGGAAUGAUAUUAGAAAUGCCUUCAGGGCUGUCACCAACGAUAGCGAACUGCUCGAUCAUAUAAUACCGGAAAUGUAUGGCUCGACAAUGCGAGAUGCGAAUCCAACCUUUGUCUUCAAAAUGCCGUCUCAGCCAGACGACGGCCCCGCAGCCUUUGAAACUUUAACAAUGCUCCGAUCUGAUUUUGAGGAACCAAUAUUUCCAAAUAUAACACAAUUGACGACAGUCGUUGGCACGUCCGAGCAGGUGGCACAUGUGAAGACCGGUCUGCCGGAGGCACCACAAGGUCAGUGGUUGCAGCUGGGUCUGGGCGGCUGGACGGGAGAAAUAAUACGACCCGUACCCUGGCUGGAACAGAGUCACAAAGACAGUCAGCCUUCCAACUGGCAGGCAAGCUAUCCCCGCGAAGAAAUACUACUGGAUCUGAAGAGUUCGCACUUUGACGGACGUGUCACGGAUAUACGAGUUAUCACCGGCCAAACAAAUGCUAACGAGGCCGAGCUGGAGGAUCUGAUGAAUGCCGAAAACGUUUAUAUAGCACGCGUCAAUGAUCCCUUCGGCUAUUCUAUGAAGUGGACGCUGACACUCUCAUAUGAUUUCAGCAAUACGACCGAAGAACUAGCCACCGCUGAUCGUGGAAAACGCGAUGUAGCCAAACUGUACUCAAUGAUCAAGUGUUCCACGGGCUGCGAUCCCUUAAUAUUCAAAGGCUAUGGCUGCUAUUGCGGCUUUGGGGGCCAUGGGGUGCCCUCCGAUGGCAUCGAUCGCUGUUGUCGAAUGCAUGACAAAUGCUACGAGCAGAGCAACUGCAUCUCCUAUCUGGAAUACUUUGUGCCAUAUGUGUGGAAAUGUUAUCGUGGCAAGCCACUAUGUGCCGUAAACCAUGGGCAGUGGGGUGGUCCAGAUUCGUGUGCGGCACGCUUGUGUCAAUGCGAUUUGCGCCUCUCCCGUUGCCUGCGGAAAUUCUAUUGUCCGCGUAAACGCGCCAUUUGUUACUCAUCGAGAGCACGUCGCUUACAGAAUUUGAUAUUCUUCGAUUAA